AUGGCGGCGCGGCCUCAGUUGAGCACAGUGCCGGUCGGUGAACGCGGCAGUUCCCGCCAAAACCUCCUGUCAAACACCAGUGUUGCCACUCUUAAAAAUUUCUCUUGAAAAAUGAGUGCAAUAUUACUUUUCGCUCUAUGCGCCCUUUUUGUAUACAAACUUUUUUCAAGGCGUACUGUCACGUGGAAAAAAGUUUCCAAAUAUGGGGAAGGCGACGUUCUUAGUUUAAAACAAGCCCCCGGACCUUUGGCUUUCCCCGUGAUAGGCAGUAUGCAUCUUUUGGGCAAAAAUGAGUCCCCAUUCCAAUCUUUCACGGAGCUAUCGAAGACAUACGGGGAUAUUUAUAGCAUCAAAUUGGGUUCGUCAGAGUGUAUAGUAGUGAACAGUUUAGAAUUGAUUCGGGAGGUUUUGAACCAAAACGGAAAGUUUUUCGGCGGUCGUCCUGAUUUCUUGCGGUUCCAUAAGCUGUUUGCCGGCGACCGAAAUAAUUCGUUAGCCCUCUGCGAUUGGUCAAACUUGCAGCUGAGGAGACGGAAUCUGGCACGCCGCCAUUGCGGUCCCAAGCAGCACACCGACAACUUUACCAAGAUCGGCUCAGUGGCCACCUUCGAGGCAGUAGAAUUGGUGCAAACCUUGAAAAAUGUUACCAGGUCCUCCACAGGCAGUGUCAACUUGAAACCCUUCCUUAUGUCAACAGCUAUGAACAUGUUUUCCAACUACAUGUGCAAUGUGCGAUUUGACGCCGAAAACGAUACGGAGUUCCGCAAAAUAGUUGACCAUUUCGAUGAAAUUUUCUGGGAGAUCAACCAAGGUUACGCGGUCGAUUUCCUACCUUGGUUGGCGCCGUUUUACAAGAACCAUAUGGAAAAGUUAUCGAACUGGUCGCAGGAGAUUCGCUCUUUCAUCCUAUCAAGAAUUGUCGAGCAGCGAGAAAUUAAUCUAGACAUGGAGGGGCCGGAAAAGGACUUUUUGGAUGGGCUAUUAAGAGUUUUGCACGAUGAUCCAACGGUUGAUAGGAACACUAUCAUUUUUAUGCUUGAAGACUUCCUGGGAGGUCAUUCGUCUGUGGGCAAUUUAGUUAUGCUUUGCUUAACAGCGGUAGCCCGUGAUGCUGACAUAGGGAAGAAGGUUAGAGCGGAAAUCGACGCUGUAACUAAAGGUAAACGCGCUGUGACAUUAACUGAUAGAAUGUCCAUGCCUUUCACAGAAGCAACAAUUUUAGAAUGCUUAAGAUACGCCUCGUCGCCCAUAGUUCCACACGUUGCUACAGAAAACGCGAAUGUCGCUGGUUACGGAGUCGAAAAAGGUACUAUUGUAUUCAUAAACAACUAUGAACUCAAUACGUCAUCUGCCUAUUGGAACCAACCGGAGAAAUUCGAUCCGUCGCGUUUUCUAGAACGCACUAAAAUGAGGGCACGACGCAACUCCCAGUGCGACUCUGGAAUGGAAUCCGAUAGUGAGAGAUCCGGCCCGAUUAACAGAGUGAACGAUGUUGAAAGAGAGGUCGUAACUGUUAAGAAGAACAUACCACACUUCUUGCCCUUCAGCAUUGGUAAGAGAACGUGUAUCGGCCAAACUUUAGUGACGACGAUGAGUUUUGUUAUGUUCGCAAAUAUAAUCCAGGAGUUUGAUAUAGGUGCGGUGGAUUUAGAGGAUCUAAGACAAAAACCUGCUUGCGUUGCUCUGCCCAAAGAUACUUAUAACUUGUAUUUACUGCCUAGGAAACACUGAACUGAACUCGACCUAUUUCUUAUUAUAGGUAAACACUCUUAACUCAUUCUGCGUCCAUUUUAUUGGUGAGUUCCAUAUUUGAAAUCAAUUUUUUUUCUUUUAUUACUACUACA